AUGCAUUCCAGCGCCGUGAUUGGCCUCUACAGCACAGCAGCAAAGCAGUGGGGAACAGGUGAUGAUUGCCAUGGUGAUGACACCACAGAUGACUCCAGCCAUGCGGGGACCAAUGUGAGACUGCUGGAGAUGAGAGCCAGCAAGCUGGAGGAGCAGGUCAGGAAGCUGACGGUAAGAGACUCAAUGGUGACAGUAAAGGCCCUCUCUCACAAAGUCUGUUAUUUUUUCCCGAAUUAUUUGUCUGUAUAAAAUUAAUACGAGCACGUCUUGUUUAUGGUGUCGUUCACACCAAUUGCAAAAUAUCGUCCAGCCGCAAUCUGUCAAUUAUUUAUUCGGAACAGGUUUUUGCGUCAUUUUGCAUGCUAAAAUAAGCUGUUGACCAAUCGAACGUGCACUGCCACUGACAGGUCUGUGGAUUCUUUGUGUGAAUAAAAUAAUUGAUUUCUCUCUGCCAGUUUUUUUACAUUUGCAAUGCAUCAGUGCAGCAAUGUAUCAAUUUAGCCAAUGUGAUCACGUCACACCAGAGCUACACGUUGCUCUCGCCAUUCAAACUUCCCCGCCAGUUCAUUGCCAACGCUGUAGCCUAUUUUAUAGCCAUUCAGCAAGCAAGAGGAUCGAUCUAUGCUUCUUUCCUCGAAUAGGUCUAUUCGGUUGUUUUUUUUAUUGCUUGAAAUAAGUUUCAAACUAUAAUGCUGUUCGUAAAUGAUAUUAUCGGUAGGACUAGUGGAGUUAUGUCGCACAUGCAGCUAACAAAAACAUAUGGACAUGUCUGCUCUACCCAAAAUUACAACCAAAUAAUUGCAGCAUUACCGCAAAAGUGGAAAAGGAAAGUGGAAGGGGGAAAAAGUAAGGAACUUGUCUGAAAAAAAGUUUUUUUUAAAUAUUGCUGUUCAUUGUCUAUAUAUAGGCUGCUCAUUCAUUAGCUAGAGAGAGGGGGAGAAGAGAUAGGCCAGUGGAGUUGUGAAUUGUGCAAGAAGGGAACAGUGAAGAAGAGCGAUGUGUAAGUUAGAAGUUCAUUAAUAUGUUAAUGCAUCAUUUGUAUAGCCUAUAUAUUUGGCUAUAUAUAUUAUAUGAUCUGCUAAAGUGAAUCUGUGCUAUAGGCAACCCUAAAAGACAAAGUAAAUAUCCGCCAGAGUUGACCCUUAUCAAUAAGUGGUUGCACAGAUUUAGAUAAAGCACUUACAUUAAAAUGUGGUGUCACCAUAACCACCCAUUUCGUCACAAACAUUGAUCAACGGCUGAUCACUAGACUACGGACAGGUUGCUAUGGACAGGUUGCAUGCAUGUGUUUCUAUUUUCUAAUGGUUGUCAAUUUCAUCUUCAUAUAGCAUGUAUCACAGCUGUCUCUAUAUCUCCCCCUAAUUCUCUAUGUCCAUUCAGAAAGUUUCCUAAAAUAGGCCUAGCCUGUCUGGACUUCAUCUCUUUAAUCAGAUAGAAAGAAAAAUGUAAGCAGCAAGCGUCAUGAUGGUCAUAUAUGUGCGAGGAAUGACAACAGGUGGCGGUUUUGCAUUUCCUCUCGUAAUAAAUGGGGUGCAACUGAAUGAAACGUAGCCAAGCACCUUUCAUGAUUCAUGAAAGCUUAACCUAAUAUUUGCCUUAGCAUAUUAUUUUUCCAGUAGUAUAUGAUUUUUCUCUCAUUACUGCGUCCUCUCCAGCCACUUUGAACAACAUAUGGCCACUCAGAAUGACCGCAGCAAUGGCAAAAAAUAACAAUAUUUUGUUGUUGUUGAAUUUUCAUUCUUGGACAUACACUACCGGUCAAAAGUUUUAGAACACUUACUCAUCCAAAGGUUUUUCUUUAUUUUUACUAUUUUCUACAUUGUAGAAUAAUAGUGAAGACAUCAAAACUAUGAAAUAACACACAUGGAAUCAUGUAGUAACCAAAAAAAGCUUUGCCUUGAUGACAGCUUUGCACACUCUUGGCAUUCUCUUAACCAGCUUCACCUGGAAUGCUUUUCCAACAGUCUUGAAGGAGUUCCCACAUAUGCUGAGCACUUGUUGGCUGCUUUUCCUUCACUCUGCGGUCCGACUCAUCCCAAACCAUCUCAAUUUGGUUGAGGUCGGGGGAUUGUGGAGGCCAGAUCGUAUGAUGCAACACUCCAUCACUCUCCUUAUUUUUUUGUUUAAAUAGCCAUCACACAGCAUGGAGGUGUGUUGGGUCAUUGUCCUGUUGAAAAACAAAUGAUAGUCCCACUAAGCCCAAACCAGAUGGGAUGGCGUAUCGCUGCAGAAUGCUGUGGUAGCCAUGUUGGUUAAGUGUGCCUUGAAUUCUAAAUAAAUCACAGACACACACAGACGGUGGGAAAUACACAUGCGGAGAUCAUCCGUUCAUCCAUACCGCGUCUCACGAAGACACAGUGGUUGGAACCAAAAAUCUCCAAGUUGGACUCCAGACCAAAGUACAAAUUUCCACCGGUCUAAUGUCCAUUCCACAAAUUAACUUUUAAGAAGGCACACCUGUUAGUUGAAAUGCAGGGCCUAGUGCAGGGUUCCCCAACUGGUGUCCCGCGGCUGAAUCUAGUUGAAGAUCCCUGGCCUAGUGUCUGCAGGUUUUGGGGUUUUCCUUUCAAUGAAUACCUAGACAACCAGGUGAGGAGAGUUCCUUAUAAAUUAGUGACCUUAUUUCAUCAAUCAAGUACAAGGGAGGAGCGAAAAUCCGCAGACACUCAGCCCUCUGUGGAAUGAGUUUGAGAUGUGGUUUAGUGCGUCAAUAAAUAGUUUUUCCCUACUCAAUCUACACACAAUACCCCAUAAUGACAAAGCAAAAACAGGUUUUUAGAAAGACAUUUACAUAAGUAUUCAGACCUUUUACUCAGUACUUUGUUAAAGCACCUUUGGCAGCCAUUACAGCCUCGCGUCUUCUUGGGUAUGACGCUACAAGCUUGUAUUUGGGGAGUUUCUCCCAUUCUUCUCUGCAGAUCCUCUCAAGCUCUGUCAUGUUGGAAGAGGAGCGUUGCUGCACAGCUAUUUUCAGGUCUCUCCAGAGAUGUUCGAUCGGGUUCAAGUCCGGGCUCUGGCUGAACCACUCAAGGACAUUGAGAGACUUGUCCCGAAGCCACUCCUGCGUUGUCUUUGCUGUGUGCUUAGGAUCUUUGUCCUGUUGGAAGGUGAACCGUCACCCCAGUCUGAGGUCCUGAGCGCUCCGUUCAUCUUUCCCUCGAUCCUGACUAGUCUCCCAGUCCCAGACGCUGAAAAACAUCCCCACAGCAUAAUGCUGCCACCGUCAUGCUUCACCGUAGGGAUGGUGCCAGGUUUCCUCCAGACGUGAUGCUUGGCUUUCAGGCCAAAGAGUUCAAUCUUGGUUUCAUCAGACCAGAGAAUCUUGUUUCUCAUGGUCUGAGAGUCUUUAGGUGCCUUUUGGCCAACUCCAAGUGGACUGUCAUGUGCCUUUUACUGAGGAAUGGCUUCUGUCUGGCCACUCUACCAUAAAGGCCUGAUUGGUGGAGUGCUGCAAAGAUGGUUGUCCUUCUGGAAGGUUCUCCCAUCUCCGCAGAGGAACUAUGGAGCUCUGUCAGAGUGACCAUCGGGUUCUUGGUCACCUCCCUGACCAAGGCCCUUCUCACCCGAUUGCUCAGUUUGGCAGGGCGGCCAGCUCUAGGAAGAGUGUUGGUGGUUCCAAACUUCUUCCAUUUAAGAAUGAUGGAGGCCUCUGUGUUCUUAUAGACCUUCAAUACUGCAGAAAUGUUUUGGUACUCACUCUCUCAGUGAGGCACUGUACAUGUAUUUUUUAAUCACGUAAGAUGUAUUCUAGGAAAUAUACAAAAGAGUCCUGGCUGACUCUGACAACGUUCGAAGAAGAACUCAGAAGUUUGUUCAAGACGCCAAGAUGUUUGGUGAGAUGUAGUUUUUUUCCUACCCUGACAUCUCCGACCCAUACCUAGUAUGGUCCUUCUACUUUGUGCAGUUGUAAUCCCUCUCCCCUACCACUCCACUCCCACAGGGAUCCAGAGUUUCUGCCGUGACCUGGUGGAGGUGGCUGACCUGUUGAAGCAGACGACAGGAAACCUGCAGGGGGAGGAGGUCCAGAGACUGGCCCAGGUCAAGGACCGGCUGGAGGGGGUCUUCACAAAGCACGGUCUGGAGAAGAUGAGCCCUGUUGGGGCUAAAUACGACCCCUACCAGCACGAGAUAGUGUGCCACACUCCUGCUGAGGGAGAGGAGCCUGGCACCGUUGCUGUGGUGAAGCAGGAUGGGUACAAGCUCCAUGGACGCACCAUCAGGCAUGCCCAGGUGGGCAUUGCUGUGAUGACACAGGAGCAGGACUAA